UUUUGAGAUUUUCUUUCGAUACUUCACUUUAUUUAUAUUUUACAGUAUGUAACAUUAUUUUAUUUUAUUUAUUUGAGUAUUAUUUACGUUCUGUGUGCAAGCAGGACGUUUUGUUUUUUUUUUAAAGGGGGAGGGGGCGGACCCAAAAAACUCAAUAUUAUUUGACUACAGGUCAGACUUUUAAUUUGCUUUUUUCCCCGCUCCUUCCUCUCAUUAAUGACACUCCCGUGGUUUCCACAGUGAGUCUAAUCCCAAAAUGUCUCCCCGUAGAUACGAAGUGCACUACGUAGAGUGCAGACGCCUAUAAAAAGAGCUCACACGUAAUUAUAACAGACGGAUAUGGAAUUGUUUUUUUUUUUUUUUUGUUAAAUUUUUUAUUCAAACCACGGUUUACUUUGCUAAAUAAAUACCACCAUAAAUGGCUGUACUAUAUUGAUUAAGCGUGCGCGUGCAGUGAAACCCUUUAUGUGUAGGGCACCUAAAAAGGACGCGGUGAGCAGUUUGGGAUGCGGUUUAGCUAGCUAAACUAAGUAACCACUAACUGACAGCGUCGUGCUCGAGCCCUGACAGGAAGGGCAUUAUGUUUACAAACGAGGAUUUUUAAAGCAGGACAAAAACAAACCAGGUGUUAGCAUGAGCUCGAGCUCCGGACAGGAACAGGGAGCCGCUGCGGCGCUCGCGGUCACCGCCGAGUCUCCGGUUCGAGGCGUCUCGGUGACGGGGAACAUCCGGAGACUUUUCAGCCACGUGCGGGUUGAAAACCUGGCCGCCGGGCUGAGUGGAGGUGUGGUGUCCACCAUGGUGCUGCACCCGCUGGAUCUGGUUAAAGUCAGGUUUGCAGUGAGCGACGGCUUGGAGCUCAGGCCGAAGUACCACGGCAUUUGGCACUGCAUGAGGAGCAUCUGGCAGCAGGAAGGACUUCGUGGCUUGUACCAGGGGGUCACGCCGAACGUCUGGGGCGCCGGAGCUUCAUGGGGUCUUUAUUUCUUCUUUUAUAAUGCCAUCAAAGCGUAUGUCAAGGAGGGCCGUCAGACAGAGCUGAGUCCCACGGAGCACCUGGUGUCCGCAGCACAAGCAGGAGCGAUGACUCUCUGUCUCACGAACCCGAUCUGGGUGACAAAGACACGCCUGAUUCUGCAGUACAACUCCGAUCCAAGCCAAAAGCUGUACAGGGGCAUGCUGGACGCUCUGGUGAAGAUCUACCGUCAGGAAGGAGUAGCCGGACUCUAUCGGGGGUUUGUUCCCGGCCUGUUCGGGACGUCUCACGGAGCUCUGCAGUUCAUGGCAUACGAGGAGCUGAAGAGAGACUACAACAAAUACAGAAACCUGCAUUCAGACGCUAAACUGAACCCGUUAGAGUACAUCACAAUGGCGGCUUUGUCCAAAAUCUUUGCCGUGGCCACCACGUACCCGUACCAGGUGAUCCGAGCUCGCUUGCAGGACCAGCACACGAGCUACACCGGGGCGGUGGACGUCAUCCGGAGGACGUGGAGGAACGAGGGUCCUCUGGGCUUCUACAAAGGCAUGGUGCCAAACCUGAUCCGGGUGACGCCGGCCUGCUGCAUCACCUUCUUAACGUACGAGAAGGUGUCCGGCUUCCUCCUGGACCAGCAUUAAUGAGACAUCCGAGAGGCGGGGGCGAUCGCAGCACGUUGGCGCCGAGAGAGAAGGAGAUGCUAGUUUAGCACUGAGAUCAAGCUCUCGCUGGGCCACGAUGGAGACCACACCCCCUGACGAGAGGUGGAACGAGGGUUCUCGUGAAGCAGACAUUCUCUGGCUCUUAUACAAAGCUAAACCGAUCUGCUGCUGCUUUGAGUUUACAUGUGUAAGAUUCAUUGGAAAGACUAUGCGUCAGAACUGAAGCGAUGGAUGGAUGCGUUCGA